AUGGCCUCUUACUUCAUCACUGGUACCUCCCGCGGUGUUGGCCUCAAGCUCACUGAGAUUCUUGCGGCCAGGCCUGCCUCGGAGGUCUCCAUCGUCUUUGCUGCCGCCCGCACGGAGACUCAGGCUCUCAAAGAUCUGGCCGCCAAAUACGAUGGUCGCAUUGAGAUCGUUCCUAUCGAUAUCACAUCUGAGCAGAGCGUCAAGCAGGCCGCCAGCAAGGUUGAGCAGUCCCUAGGCGGCAAGGGCCUUGAUGUCGUGAUCAACAAUGCCGGCAUUAUGAACUACACCCCCGACGGUAUUGAGACCAUGACUGAUCUUGAAUCCUCUUUCACUACCAAUGUCACCAGUGCUCAUCUCGUCACCAGCGCACUCCUUCCGCUCUUGAAGAAGGGUAACCUCAAGAAGGUGGCCAAUGUCUCUACUACCCUUGGCUCCAUUGGAAUGGCCUCCACCUACUCACUCUUCCCUGUCCCCGCCUACAAGGUCUCCAAGGCCGCCCUGAACAUGCUUACUGUGCAAUACGCCCAGUCAUUUGCCGAUCAGGGAUUCUGCAUCUUCUCUCUUUCCCCUGGUUGGGUCCAGACCGAUCUUGGAGGUGCUUCGGCCGAUUUGACCGUCGACCAAAGUGCCAAUGGAGUUCUAGAAGUUGUCGACCGUGCCGACAAGCAGGCCAACGGUAAAUUCUUCAACAUCCGCGUCGACGGUUGGGAGAAGGCCGAGGGACUCAACCGAUAUGAUGGCGCCGAGCCUUCAUGGUAA